GUCCCGCGUAUACAUAAGCGCUCAUGUGUAAACGGGCACGCCUAUUGGCGGGCUAGCCGUGCCCUGCUAUUUUUGACGACUCGCACCCACAACAGGUUCAGUACACCCGUCCGCAUCCCCCACGCGCCUCUUCCUCGCGUGACCUUCUUCUUCGUCUUGAGAUGCUCCUGAUUCCUCCGGCGGCUGCUACAUAUCUUGCAGCCUGGUUCUCCGCAGUUGAAGGAGCGCGGCCGGCUGCGGGCGCACUGCGGUGAGCACGUCAGACUCCGGCUCGCCUACCGCACUCGGCCGGAUCUGUUUGUGCCGGGCAAGCAGGGGCCCGGUAACCCACGGGCCCAUGUCACGCAUAGCGGACUUCCUCCAGUCUUUCUUCCCCAGCCAGGAGGGACGGGUCCUGUGCCUCGGUCUCGAUGCAUCGGGGCGAACGACAUGGCUCUAUGCACAGAAACUAGGCGAGAUAGUCACGACCAUCCCCACCAUCGGCUUUAAUGUGGAGAGUGUGGCGAAGGACGGAGUGGACGUGACGUUCUGGGACGUGGGCGGCUGUGACAAGAUCCGGCCGCUCUGGCGACACUACUUCCAGAACACGGACGGCGUCAUGCUCUUCGUGGACUCAAACGACCGGGAGCGGAUACAGGAGGUCCGUGACGAGUUCAACCGCCUGCUCAGUGAGGAGGAGCUGCGGGACGCCUUCUGCCUCGUCAUAGCCAGCAAGCAGGACCUGCCCAACGUAAUGUCUCUGGCUGAGAUCCGCGAUGCGCUGGACCUGCCGCGCUUGAUGAAGGACCGGCACUGGGUGCUGAUGCCCACACGCCUGCCCGUCGACAAGCAGGAGUUGGACGGCCACAUGGAUUGGCUGGUGGCGUCCAUCCGGGCCGAGCGCAACCAGGUGGCCCGGCGGGCACGUCAAGCAGCGUACAAGCAGAAGCUGGCGCAGAGUCAGGCCCAGCGCAAGCAGAAGCAGGCGCAGCAGGCGACGGCAGCACAGGCGGCAGCCACAGCGGCGGGCGGCUGGGGGGCGGCUGCUGGAGCCGGUGCCGGGGGAGGAAGCGGCGCCGGCGGUGCCAGUGGCGGCGGCAGUGGUGGCGAGGCGGAGAUGGAUGUGUUGGAGCGGUGGCUGCAAGUGGAGGACGAGCCUGACGACGAGUUCCUGAGGAAGCUGGAGGACUACAGCCUGGACGUGUGGGACCACCGCACGCACCUGCGCCUGGCGUGGCUGUACCUGACGCGGCACGGGCGGCGCGAGGGGCUGGCGCGCAUCCACAGCGCCAUACAGAGCUUCAUCGCCAACAGCCCCGUCACCAAGCGCAAGACUGGCACCACCUACCACGAGACCAUGACGUACUUCUGGGCUCACAUGGUGCACUUUUGCAUCGCCAGCAUGAAGGCGCCGCAGCAGCAGGGCAAGGAGCCUGACUUCAAGACGUUCCUGCUGUUCAACCCGCUGCUCACCAACGGCGGCCUGUUCCUGCAUUACUACAGCAAGGACCUCAUGCUCAAGAACCCGGAGGCCCGCAAGCAGGUGGUGCUCCCAGACAAGCGCCCGCUGCCCAGCCUGGUCACGUCCGUGGAGUCCAUCAAGCAGCUGCAGCAGAACCAGGCGCGCUACGGCAAGAAGCCCGCCGCAGGCUCUGGACCUGCGGGCCCCGCCACUGCUGUCACCGCCGCCGCGCCGCCCAUCGCCCUCAGCGACGACGAGUUCCUGCAGCGCUUCCUGGGCCGCGGCCUGGACCGCUGGAGCCACGCCACCAUGCUGCGGGCCGUGUACUGCUGCCUGCGGGCGCACGGGCGGCGCCACGGCGGCAAGCUGGCCCUGGACGCGCUGGCGGCGCUGCAGGGCGAGCACGCCCACACCACCCUCAACUACUUCUGGCUGACGAUGCUCACGCACACGCUGGCUGCGGAGCACUCGGCGGCGCUGUUCGCAGACCGGCCGGCGCCGCCGCCGCUGCGGAAGGCGCCCAAGCGAGUGGAGGAGGAAGAGGGGGCCGGCGGGCAAGGGAAGGUGGCAGAGGCGCCCAGUCGUCAGGAGCCGGAACCCACCUCGGCCGUGGCAGCAGCAGCAGCAGCAGCAGCAGGCCCGUCCAAUUUCACGUCCUCGGCGAAGGCCACGGCCGCGGUGGCGGUGGCCGCGGUUGCGGGCAUGGCAGGGAUCGCGCUAGGCGAAGCGGCUGGCACCGCGGCAGAAAGCGCGGCAGAAAGCGCGGCGGCGGGCGGCAGCUCUGAGGACUGGGUCGAGGUGGAUGCAGCGGCACUCUCCGGAACUGCCGGCAGAAGCUCCGCGCCAGCGGCUGCGCACGCCAGCGCCGCAGCCGCCGCCGCUGGCCCUGCACCCGGCAGCGGCGCACCUCCUCCAACAGCCUCCCCACCGGCACCCAUGUCAGCACCCACACCAGUGCCGCCGCCGCCCCAGCUGCCCGAGUGGUCGGCACUGCUGGGCUCGGGCUCCUACGCCAGUGUGCGGCUGCAGGAGCUGGUGGCGGACGAGUCGCGCUACCUAGCUCACUACAACAAGAAGACCAUCUUCUCGGAUGCGGCGGCGGCAGGGUUCGUGCCGCCGGACAAAAAGCCGCUGCCCACCACUGUGUGAGCACUUUCCAUGAAUGUCGUAGCGUGCCUGCAAUGCACGUGGCGAGGAGUACAAGUGAUCUUUGAGAGAACGAACGCUCUCCCGGGUGAUAGUACCUCGUGUUCAUCGGCUGGUUAAACUGAUUUGGGUCGCAUUGGCGAGUGCAUGGUCAUCCCCGGGUGUGCCCUUG